AUUUCUUAAUUUAAUUCAAUAGAUUCAAAAUAUACUAAAUGUGUAUCUAAUAUCUAAUAUUAAAUUAAUUAUGUAAUAAAAUGGAACUUAAAUAAUAUAUAUGCUACAAUAAUAUAAGUUUAUAAAUUGCAAAUAAAACUAAAUGCAGACGCAAUAUUUAAUUUUUCAAAUUUUGAUUCUUCAGAAAAAUGUAAGGAUUACAACAUUAAUAUUAUUGAGUAAAAAUUAUAUUAUUCGGGAAUGUAAUUUACUCAAGAAUUAUUGGUAAAUAAUAUUUGUAUCAACUAUGAAUUUUAUCCAGAGAUUUUUUUAUUUGAAGAAUAAAAAUGUUGUAGAGAUUUAUAAAUACUGUACCAUCUCAACGAAUUCUUUAGAUAGUAUUCAUAAAAAUGAAAUUGAAAGUCCAAAAGAUUAUAAUCAAGCACCAUUAGUAUUGAAUAAUAUUGAUUUUUCUAACAUAAGACCUGCAUUACGACCAACAUUUAAUUUAGCAUCAUAUGUAAAUGAAUCAUCUUCUCUUCAAAAAUUAGUUAAACUAGGUGUAGAACUCUAUAAAUUUGAUAAUAAACCAGACAUAAUGUCAACAAUACUAAAACUUGACUUUGAGCGUGAUAUGAAGCAAUACAUUCAAUUUGUAUUUGAUUGUGGUGUUCCAGCAGAUUGUCUUGGAAAAUUUUUUACCAAAAAUCCUAUGAUAUUUACAGAACACAUAGAUGACUUAAAUACCCGAAUUAAUUAUUUGAAGUACAAAAAUUUUACAAAAGAAAUGAUAUCUUUCAUUCUUCAAAAGCAUCCCAAAUGGUUAUCACAUAGUACAAUUGAUAUUGAUGCAAGUCUUGGAUUUUUCCAAUCACAAUUUUAUCUUUCUGGAGAUGAUAUACGUAAUAUUACUGUUAAAUUACCUAAACUUAUAACAUGGUCAAAAUCAAAUGUUCACUUAAUAAUAUUUUCACUGAAUGAAGAAAUGGGCUUUAAUAGAAGUGAAAGGAAACGAUUAUUGUUAAUUUAUCCCAAAAUCUAUAUUAUGUCUAAGCAUCAUUUAUUACAAAGAUUUAUUUAUAUUCAUGAAACUAUGGGAAUUAACCAUGAUCGAAUUGUACUUGAACCAAAAAUAUUGUCUUGUCGUUUAAACAGAAUCAAACAUCGGCAUGAAUACUUGAAGUAUCUGAAUAAAGACCAAUAUAAUCCAACUAAACCACAAUAUGUUUCUUUAUCAAAUAUUUUUGAGGGUACAGAUCCAGAGUUUUGUGUUAAUAUUGCAAAAACUAGUGUAGAAAUGUUCAAUACAUACUUAAAAACAGUUUAUUAAAAUAAACAUGUAUUUUUUAUCUAUAAAUUAGUUUAUUACUUAAAAUUAUAUAUGUUAUAAAA